GCCUGUCCACUAACAAUCAGAAGAUGAAAAAUGUGAUCUGGGUUUCUCAUAACAAGCCUUGAAACAAUCGGAGAUUGAUUGAUCCGAUCCCACAGGAUUGUAAAUUUUUUCAUUUUUAUAAAUUGUGUGUGUGUGUGCGUGUGAUGGGUCUGAUUGAUUCCUUGUUUGGAAAAGAUGCAAGAAAAUUUCUCAAAAGGAAAGACAGUGAUGCAGCAGAAGCAGGACGAGCUUUGGAAGAACUCAGAAGCUCUCUGUACAACGAGCUCAAAACAUCAGAAGGAGCUAAACGGCAACAACAGAGAUUCUGUGGCCCUGUUGUUGCUAUGUCUUUUAAUUUCGUCGUUGCUGUCGGCAUCAUCCUCGCCAAUAAACUUGUGAUGGGAAGAGUUGGAUUCAAUUUUCCAAUCUUUCUAAUGUUGAUUCACUAUGCCGUUGCUUGGAUUCUUCUAGCUUUCUUCAAAUCCCUCUCGUUACUUCCUAUGUCUCCUCCAUCAAAGACCACACCUUUCUCCUCUCUCUUCUCUCUUGGAGCUGUCAUGGCCUUUGCUUCUGGUCUCGCUAAUACCAGCCUCAAACACAACAGUGUUGGUUUCUACCAGAUGGCUAAGAUCGCUGUGACACCAACCAUUGUCCUGGCUGAGUUUGUUCUCUUCAAGAAAACCAUUUCUUCCACAAAGGUUAUGGCAUUGGCUGUAGUAUCUCUAGGGGUGGCCAUCGCCACAGUAACCGAUCUAGAAUUCAAUCUGUUCGGUGCAUUGGUUGCUGUCGCUUGGAUUAUCCCAAGUGCCAUCAAUAAAAUCCUCUGGUCUAAUCUUCAACAACAAGCUAACUGGACUGCCUUAGCAUUGAUGUGGAAGACGACGCCGUUCACUGUCUUCUUCUUAUUGGCUCUCAUGCCUUGGCUUGACCCACCUGGAGUUUUGCUUUUCAAAUGGGAUUGGGGUAACUCUUCUGCAAUCCUCGUCUCGGCUCUUCUUGGUUUUCUUCUCCAAUGGUCUGGUGCACUCGCUCUCGGAUAUUUUUUGGGGACAUUGACAGCGAUAGCGAAACAAAAGACAUUGAAAUCAAUAAAUCCUAAAUUUGUGUGGAUAUAUAUAGUUCCCAAAUGUUUUAGCCAUUACUUCUCACGGGUUCUCCAAGAUAUUUACGAGAACGGAUGCUUUAGCGAGCAAAUCGUGUGGGUGCGGCUGAUGCUAAGUACUAUUCAUAUCAUAGUACAACGAUGAUAUUUUUAAGGUUCAAAAAA